UGCAUUUUCCUCUUUGUCUUUUUUGCAAUGCUUUUGCUGGACACUGUUCAAUAAAUCAACUGGUAACGGCUCUGCUCUAUUUUUGUGGAUUUGCUCUCAACAGUUGGCUCUAAUUGGAAAUAAAAGACCUGGAAAGAUAGCUUUUUGGCCAAAGAAGAGAGGGUUACUCCCAUCAAAUUUUUGACUCAACAUUUGGUGCUGCGAGGACGGGAGAACCGGGUGCGUCUCCACUUUGUACUCCAGAGUAAACGACAGAUGCAAACUGAGGUACGGAAGCUUGAUCAGCUGUGCCCGUAGCCCCGUUGACCCACCACCAUCACAUUCUCAGGCAAUGAGAUAAUUCUUCCCAAUCAGCAUGACCUUUGAUCAGUCUGAGGAGCCCAGCUGGCCGGCCCCACCUAGUACACCUUGUGCUGGUGUGCCAGAAGCAGUGAUGACACCCUGGGGAGACAUAAGAGAUCCUGUGGUGCAAGAAUUCUUCAUUUAUAUGUCGUUUGAAACCUUUCGAGCUGAAAUACAGAAGCUGCCAGCAGCGUGGGCCCACAAAUUGUGGCGGAAGCGAAAGUUCCUGAAGUCCCCUGGCAAUUAUGGCCAUAAAAAAGCAGCACCAUCUGAGCUACACCGAGAAAGAGAGCAGAAUGUUGAGCGCCUCAUUCGCCAUAACUUCAUGUGGCAGAUGGGUUACCUGAAAGCCAGAUAUGAAAUGGAAGAGAUUAAGAUGCAGAAUGCACAGUCCUGCAAGAGCAAUGCUGCUUUGGAACGUGAGCUGACUCGUCUGAAGGGUCAGGCGAGAGAGCUUGAGAAGAGAUGGGAUUUCUUGAAUAAGAUGUUAGCUGUUGCUAGAGCUAUUAUCAAGGAACAAGCCAGUGUUAACCAAAGGCUCACUGCUGAGAGGGAUAAGCUGAAGGCGAUCAACGACCAACUCAAGACCAACCUGAAAAAAGAAGAAAAAGGAGAAAUCGCCACUGGGGCUCAUAUGUAAUCAUGAAAUUAUGAUUGAACAGAAAGGAGGAAAAAUAAAAAAAGCCAAAAUCUUGUUCUGAAUCAUGUCUUUAUAUGAUUUAUCUUUCAAUAGAUGUGCUGCAGUUUAGUCUUUGGUUUGUAAUAAUAAUCAAUUAGUUUUCCUAGUCUUAGCUUAGGUUUGUCUUGCAUGCAUAUUAUACACUUUUAUAUACAUUAUGUGUUACACUUUUAUACUGUGCUGUGCUUGCACCCCCCCCCCCUUCCUUGCACAGCAACUGCUUGUAUUUCAUUUAUAUUAUUUGAAGUACUCUUUAGAGCUUGCUAAAAUAUAUAGACAUGACAUAAUAGCUCACCCAUUUAAUUUAGUUUUGCACAAUUUUUUAAGUGAUUUCUUUUGAAUGUUUUUGAUGGAUGUGGUACCCAACAAAGGGUACCAUAGGAAGUAAAUGUGGGAUUUUUUUUGGUAUGUUUUUCUAUACUAGUUUUUAUGUUUUUACACAACUUUUGAUAUGUUUUUAUAUACUGUUUUUGAUGGGAUUUAUACUGCCUUUAAUAACUUUAAAUCAAGAAGUUUUCAGUAAUAAUCAUUAUAAGAAUACUGUGGAUUAUUGAAAUGUUUGAUUAUUCAGUUAAAACACUACUGAUUUUGUUGUAUGUCUGUCUGAUUGAUUUAUACUUAUUCCGGAUAAGUUUAUGUUAUCAUUUAAUUGCAUUUAUAAAAAGAAAUUCUGUUUUUGUUGUGACUCAUUCUGGGGAUGGUUGUGCAGGUGCAGGUCAUAAAUCAAAAAGAUUUGAAAGUUUUCAAAGGCCAUCUGGGUUUGGGAAAAUUUUCCAUAAUGUCAUUUUUUUUACAGAUGAGGUAAUGAAGCUGUCAAAGAAAUGCUGAGUAAGCAUCACGUGAAGGCUCGUGUGAGUGGAAAGAUACCAAGAAGAGCUGGAUAAAGAUAAUAGGUCAAGCAAUCCUGUCCAUAAAGCUGAGGCCACUUUGGCAUCAUAUUCCAUAAAGUGUUAUAAAAAGGCUAAGAUUCUAAAUCAAAGCAAGUAAAGAUAUUUAAAAUGUGUAAUUAUUCUUUAUUCAUUUGGGCUAAAACUGGGAAGCAAUUAGUACUAAAAGAUACAAUAAAUAACAGAUAUGAUAAAGAUUUAAAGGUGCUUAGAAGACCCUUUGAGUGAUAAAUAGCAACUCUCAGAAGCCCAGAGAGCUUUUUCGCUGCCUCCUUCUAUCACCUGUGAACCUGUGACCUGCAUCAACCCCUGGGGGAGCUUCGCUGUUUCCUCUUUAUCUUUUUUCCAUGCUUUUGCUGGAUACUUUGUUCAAUAAAUA